UAUUUGGGUGUUAAUACUUUCUUCUUUACAAAUUAAUAUUUUCAAACAUUUGUGGUGGUAAUUAGAGACUAAUUAGUAGAGUAAUUGUUGUGUUCUACAUCAGAUUUUGAGAAUUCCAUACAUGGAAAUAGGAAAAGAAAAUGAAGGAGAAAUAGAGAAAUUAGCAAGCAACUCAUUGGUGUCAUCCCGCGUUGUACUUCGCGAGGACAUCGACAAUCUUCUAGAUUUCAUAGAGAGGUUAACUAGUGGGCGUGUUCGAACUUCUCUUGACAUUGAAGCUGACGUUUGUGUCCGCAUUUUGUGGUCUUUAUUACUCUUUAUUUUGGAAAGUUGUAAUGACGAAAUGUCUUGCAUAUCCAAUGAGAUUCAUGAUUUCGUUCAGUCACUGUUUCAUCCAAGUGGAGUAGACAUGCUGGUUGAUAGAAUGUUUUUUCACCUCUUGGAGAAUUUCAAAAGUUAUAUUAGCUCACAUAGCUAUGUUGAACCAAGCCGUGUAACAACCAUGACCGAGGAUCGUUUCGUUGAACUUUUUAGAUGCCAUCCACAUGUAUCUCCAAAGUCUAUUCAAGUGUUGUUCUGAAUCUAUUUUCCCAUCAAUUACUCAAUGUGAGCUUCUUCAGAAUGUAUUUGGCAAUUUAAGAGAUUUCUAUAGGUUGAAAGUAAAUGGUUGCAUUGAGUAUGAAAUAAUCGAAUAUGUCUUACCUCAUCUUCAACUUAUGGCUCUGAGAGUAGUAAACUUCUGCUGUUCGACUAUUGUGGAUGAAUCAGCUCAUAAUCAC